GGCAUGGGGAGUGGAGUCCACGAUCAACAUGCAGCACUCAACCAGGGAGAAGUGCUGCCUCGGGCUUCCAAGCAGUCUGAAGUGAGCUAUGGCCUGAAGCAGACCCGCUCUGUCAUCAACUCGCUCUUCUCGGGGGCUUUGGCGGGAGCUGUGGCCAAAACAGCUGUCGCUCCAUUGGACAGGACUAAAAUCAUCUUUCAAGUGUCUUCAGCUAGAUUCUCAGCAAAAGAGGCCUACAGGUUAAUCUACCGCACAUACCUUAAGGAUGGCUUCUUCAGUCUAUGGAGGGGCAACUCUGCCACCAUGGUGCGAGUCAUCCCAUAUGCUGCCAUCCAGUUCUGUGCUCACGAGCAGUACAAAAGGCUCUUGGGAGACUACUAUGGCUUUCAGGGGAAGGUCCUCCCUCCACUGCCAAGGUUACUGGCUGGGUCAAUGGCCGGCACCACUGCAGCCAUGUUAACGUACCCUCUUGACAUGGUGCGAGCGCGCAUGGCUGUCACACCAAAAGAAAUGUACAGCAACAUCCUUCAUGUGUUUGUUCGGAUCUCCCGGGAAGAAGGACUGAAGACCUUGUAUCGAGGUUUUACGCCCACCAUACUGGGUGUAGUCCCUUAUGCGGGCCUCAGCUUCUUUACCUACGAGACAUUGAAAAAGCUUCAUGCAGAGAGAAGCGGGCGCCCACAACCCUACUCGUACGAACGGCUAGCCUUCGGGGCCUGCGCCGGCCUCAUUGGUCAGUCGGCGUCCUACCCUUUGGACGUGGUACGUCGGCGGAUGCAGACGGCGGGGGUCACGGGUCACACUUACGGCACCAUCUCGGGAACCAUGAGGGAAAUUGUCGCCGAGGAAGGUGUUAUCCGAGGACUCUAUAAAGGCCUCAGUAUGAACUGGGUCAAAGGGCCUAUCGCGGUGGGAAUCAGCUUCACCACUUUUGACCUUACUCAGAUUCUCCUGAGGAAGCUGCACGAGAUGGGCUACACCUCUCGGUAA